AUGGGCAAUCUUCCGAAGGGACGAGUCACUCCGGCACGCCCAUUCCUCCGGACCGGCCUGGACUACGCCGGCCCAAUCUCCAUCCGCACGACCAAAGGCCGCGGACACCGAGCGCACAAGGCCUUUAUCGCCGUAUUCGUGUGCCUAUGCACCAAGGCGGUGCAUCUGGACGUCGUGUCGGAUUACACGACGGACGCCUUUCUCGCCGCUUUCCGUCGCUUCAUCUCCCGUCGAGGCCUCUGCGAGGAGCUAUACUCGGAUUGCGGCACCAAUUUCGUGGGAGCCGACCGAGUCCUAAGAGAGCUCUUCCGAGCUUCGUCCGCCGACGGCCGUCGCCUUGCUCACGCCGCCGCCGCAGAGGGUGUCAAAUGGCACUUUAACCCGCCAGCUGCACCGCACUUCGGAGGACUGUGGGAGGCCGCCGUGAAGUCGACCAAGUUCCAUCUCCGUCGGGUCAUUGGGGAGACCACGCUCACCUUUGAGGAAAUGAGCACCCUCCUCGCUCAGGUCGAAGCCUGCCUGAAUUCCAGGCCGCUGCAGGCUUUGUCCGACGAUCCGGACGACAUAUCCGCCCUCACGCCAGGGCACUUCCUGAUCGGCGCUCCUCUUCUGGCCGUGCCCGAACCCGCCUUGAACGACGUCGCCGGGAGCUCACUCUCACGGUGGCAACACCUCCAAAAGAUGCGCGAUCACUUUUGGUCACGGUGGUCGCACGAGUACAUCAACGGGAUGACAUCUCGCUCGAAAUGGACCAAGCCCGAGGACGCACCUGCCGUUGGCUCUCUGUGCUUGGUACGCGCCGAAAGCACACCACCGAGUCGAUGGCCACUGGCCCGCAUCAUUCGAGUGCACCCCGGCGACGAUGGCAUUGUUCGCGUGGCGACAAUCCGCACCUCAACGUCAGAGCUCGUGCGACCACUGUGCAAACUCGUGCUCCUCCCCGGGACUGAGGACCAGCCGCCGCCGACGGAUGCGUGA